UGUUGUGUUAUCGUGACGAGGUGUGUCUACAGCUGUAACUCCGCCCUCGACUUUAACUUUCGUUUUCCUUUCCUCACACACAUCGUCUGUAAUUUCCCGAGAAAUCAAGUGAACACCUUCACACCCACCCAGACUCCCGGACGCGCAGCAGCACAAUGUUGAAAGCGUUGAUUAUUAAGACCAUUUGUGCCAAUAAUGGGUCGAUGGAUUGGGAUGAUUUGGUGUCAAGAUUCGGUUGCUGUGAUGAUGUUGUAAAUCAGAAUGAAUCUUUCGCUGUUGUUGUUAUAAACGGAAUCAAGAAAGUUUUAGUGAGAAGUCAAGUUCGCCUGUGCAGAACGCAGAACUGCGACGGCUGCGCACAGCUUCAUCUGUGUAAACAUUUCCUGUACGGCUCUUGUCGAUUCGGCAGAGGACGGCGUACAUGUCGGUUCAGUCAUGAUCUGAUCUCAGGUCAGAAUUCUGCUCUUCUCUCCUCUCAUGGCCUGAACAUGCUCGACAGACAAGAGCUUUGUGUUCUUCUGCUCCAGAAUGAUAACGGCCUCUUACCACCGGUGUGUUAUUCUUACAAUAAUGGCACAGGGGAAUUUGGGCGAUGUGAUCAAGGCGAGAACUGUAAGAGAUUGCACAUCUGUGAGAAAUACCUGCGAGGGUCCUGCCAGUGUUCCCGGGCUCAUGAUUUCUAUGAGCCUCAUCCUCUGAAGACCCUACAAAACAGAGGGGUGCCCACUGAACUCAUGGUCAUUAUGAAGGAUCUUUACACAAAUAUUGAAGCCUUGAGGGAUCUGACCAAAAAGAAACAACCUCCAGCUACAAACACCAAUGGUGGCAAAAACAGAACCAGAAAUCAAAAUCUGAAAGAGACUCCUAAUGCAAAUAGAGGACAAAACAGGCCCUUUCACACCUCCACAGAGAAAACUGAGAUCUGCAUGUAUCACAUCAAAGGAUUCUGUAUACAUGGAGAGUCCUGUAGAAAGGAACAUUCCAAUGUUCCGUAUCAGUGGGAAUUCCAAGAUGGAUCCGAGUGGAAAUCUCUUCCUGACAAUGAGGCUGUGGAGAAGGAUUAUUGUGAUCCUGAUAAAUCAUACAGCUCUGGAAUGCCUGCGGUUUCUUUUGAUACGAUGACUCGAGGUUCUCACCGUGUCAGACGUCUGUCAACGGUUUCAUCAGUCAUCCAACCCAACUUCAUUCUGACCACAGAGUGGCUUUGGUACUGGGAGGAUGAGUUUGGAAACUGGAUCCAGUACGCAACAUCAGAAGGAGGUCACACAUCCUCAUCCAUCAGUAGUGCUGAGUUGGAGCAGAGAUAUCAGACUGACAACAGUUCAGUGAUUGAGUUUACAGCUGGAUCGCAAACCUACCAACUCACUUUAACAGAUAUGAUUCAGACAAACAAAUCUUAUGGAACUAAGAAGCUCGUAAGACGUCGUCCCAAAUUUGUGUCUGCAGCUGAUGUUCAUGUAAUCAAGAGAGCUAAACGGACACCCAACAAUUUUAAAAGUCUACCAGAACACUGGGAUAAAUCUCUUAUUCCUGACACUGGAUUUAAGAGAGUAAAGCUGCUGAGCUCAUCGGGUGAAUACAGUAAGAUCCAGAAACUUUUCACUGCCACUAUGAGAGGAUAUAACAUUCAGCAGAUUGACAGGAUUCAGAACAAAGCAUUAUGGGAACAAUUUCAGUUGCAGAAGGAUCAUAUGAAGAAGAAGAAUGGAGGCAGAGAUGUGAAGGAGAAUGAGCUGUUUCAUGGCACAGACCCAAAGUAUUUAGAUGCCAUCUGUCUGAAUAACUUCGACUGGAGGAUCUGUGGAACACACGGCACAGCUUAUGGCAAAGGCAGUUAUUUUGCAAGGGAUGCUGAAUACUCUCACAACUACACCAAAGAUUUAGGAACCCGAUGCAUGUUCGUUUGUCGGGUUCUGGUGGGCGACUACACCAAAGGUUCUUCCAGCUACCUCCGGCCCCCCUCUAAAGAUGGAGGAGAUACGGUCUUCUACGACAGCUGCGUGAAUGAUCUCUACAAUCCCACCAUAUUUGUUGUGUUUGAAAAGCAUCAAAUCUACCCUGAGUAUCUGAUUGAGUACAGAGACUCGACUCCUCGUCACACACAAAUCCCUGCGGCAGCCACGAGACCAGCAACAGUGAGAAGACCAGUAUCUGUGUCUGCGUACGGCACAAAUCCACAGCCUAUCUCACACGCCUAUGCCACACCCUCACGUGCAUCAUUCUCAUCUAGACCUAAUGUCACAGGCUCACAGACCUCUUCCUUAUAUACCACACCCUCACAUACCACACCCUCACAUGCAUCAUUCUCAUCUAGACCUAAUGUCACAGGCUCACAGACCUCUUCCCUAUAUAACGUCCCAUCAUUUACCUCAUCCUCAUCUCAAUCUUCCUUGUAUACCUCUUCUUCACGCACAGCCUCCCCAUCUUCAUCCUCUAAAUCGGGGUGCAUCAUCUCCUGACUCAACUUCACUUUGAUUACUAUUAUUUAGUCUAAUAAUGGCACCACUUUAUAAAGUGUUCUUCAAGUGUGCUUGUUUUCAUUAAAUUGAGGGCUUUAGAUUAAGCAAACAAAGAUUUUAAGAAUCAGUUUCCCAGACAAGGUUUAGAUUAAUCCAGGACUAGGCUUUAGUUAUUUUAGGACAUUGAAGUAGUUUUUACAAGCAUACCUUUAAAAAACAAUACUAGUGUGCAUCUUGAGACAAAACAACAGCACAGAUAUGUUUUAGGAUAUGUCAGUGCAAACAUGCAUUUUAGUCUGAGACUAGACUUGAACCCUGUCUAGGAAACCACCCCAUGACAAUCAAAUUGCAAUUUUGAGAACUUUAAGAAGGUGGCAUUUGACAUCACUAAAUGAAUAAUAAUGGAAGAAGUUCAUUGUAAUACAAAUUUAUACAGUUAUUUCUUAUUUUUUUAGUGAUGUUUGUAAUAAUCCCACACGAAACUGAUAAUAAAGCUUUUCUGUUUGCAAUUGUAAAGAAAAAUAAAUGUUUUUACUCAUACUAAUAUCCUGUACACGUAAAUACACAUUCACACUGAACAUAUAAUAAU